GUGACAUCCCAGGCCGGAAGUUCCGGGCGCUCGCGCGCCGCCGCCCUGGAGCACAGGCCCGACGGCACUACGGCGCGUUACUAUAGAAACCAAGAACAACAAGCAGCGCGGUUCCACUUCCCGCUUGGCCUCCGCCGGCGCGCACACAGGGGGGGAGAGGAGAGUGCCGUGCGCAUGCGCAGUCGCUCUCUCAGGGGCUCCCGGCGCAUGCGCGCGAACGGCCUGGUGCGGAGCUGCAGCCGGAGCCGGGACGAUGUCUCGCUACGGGCGCUAUGGAGGCGAGACUAAGGUGUACGUGGGGAACCUGGGCACCGGCGCCGGCAAGGGCGAGCUGGAGCGAGCCUUCAGCUACUAUGGCCCCCUGCGCACCGUGUGGAUCGCACGGAACCCGCCGGGCUUCGCCUUCGUGGAGUUUGAAGACCCGCGAGACGCGGAAGAUGCAGUUCGAGGUUUGGAUGGAAAGGUGAUUUGUGGCUCCCGAGUGAGAGUUGAGCUGUCAACAGGCAUGCCCCGCCGCUCCCGCUAUGAUAGACCUCCCGCACGGCGACCAUUUGAUCCCAAUGACCGGUGUUACGAAUGUGGCGAGAAAGGUCAUUAUGCUUAUGACUGUCAUCGCUAUAGUCGGAGGAGGAGGAGCAGGUCACGGUCUAGAUCUCAUUCAAGGUCCAGAGGAAGAAGGUAUUCUCGGUCACGGAGCCGAAGCCGUGGUAGGAGGUCCAGGUCAGCUUCCCUUCGCAGAUCCAGAUCUGUCUCUCCUCGUAGAUCUAGAUCAGCCUCACCCCGCAGGUCCCGAUCGGGUUCUUUAAAAAGAUCAAGAUCUAGAUCCAGAUCACGAUCAAGAUCCAGGUCCGUUACAUGGCCAAGAAGCAGGUCUGGGUCCCAUGGUAGAUCUAAAUCUGGCUCACCUGCUAAAAGCCGAUCAAAGUCCAGAUCCCCCUCUCCAAAGAGAAGUCUGAGCCAUUUAUAACCAUUCUCCAUUAACUUGGGUAAGUAUGCUCUUCUGAACACUUGGAGACAACUCUUCCAAGCUUGGUAAAAAUCUCCUAAGGGAAUGAGUGCAUGGGAACUGGAGUAGCUUGUAACAUGCCACACUGAGACCUUGUUUGUAGUCUUCCUUUUCCUCCUUACUCUGUUCUCUUCCUCUUAUUCUUUUGGACACUUUAGAAAAGACUGUCAAAUCUUAAAGAUGCAUUGUUUAUUAAUUAAAAAGACUAAUGACUCUAUAGCAAACUUGAGAUUUCUUACAUCCUUGAGGAUAUCAUCUAACAGUGUAUGUUUGCAAGGUCUGUUUUAAAAGAAAAACUAACUCACUAACCUCAUCAGUACUGGGAGGAAAGGGCUUUCUGGGUGUCGUGAGUGGUGUUGAAUCUGCAGUUCCAGAUGAAUAUAGAAGUUAUUCCAACCGACUUCUGUUUUCUUUUCACUUUCAGUCGUUCACCAUCAGGAAGCCCUCGAAGGAGGAGUGCAAGUCCUGUAAGAAUGGACUGAAAUUUCAAAGUUAACCUUCUGGGAAGAACGUUAUUUUGUUUACAUUAUUAUAAGGGAUUUGUGGUGUCUUUGAUGUAAAUGGUAAGGGCGUAGUUCUAGAAGAGUAUUUCAAUCUGAUAACAAUUGACAUGGAUCUGGAUCAUUUAAGUUCUGCAAAGUCACAUCAGUAGACUAGCGCACAACUUAUUUUGUUGUAUGUAUUAACAUCCUGUGAUCUGAAAAUGUGGGACUCUUUUAUUGACACGUUUUUUAUUGCCUCAUUGAAAUAAAAUGUGUAUUUCUAACUAAAGUCUUGUGAUGCCCUACUGCUUAACAAAAAAAAGGUGGCUACCAUUAGCCUACCCUAAACCAAUCAUAUUCUUCCCAGUUUAUUUUAAAUAGUCUCUAGUUAUGUGAACUUGUUAUUGACGUUAAAUGGAUGACAAAAUUUUAAACAGUGACUAAAAAUCCUUGAUAUCUGUUGCCAUAACUUCCUGUAAUACCAUUUACAUGAGCUCUCUAUUCAUUGUAAUCUUCCAAUGUAGAGAGAGUAUGAAUUUCUAAUGUCUAAAGUUUGUUUACAAAAAGUAAAGUCUUUCUUAUCACAAAGCAGAAGGGCACAAGCACAAUAUUUUCACUGCAGGUUACCUUCAAAUAACGGUUCAUGUUCCAAAAGAAAAGGCAGCUAUGUCGCUCUUUCUCUACCACAACCCAUUUAUGGUCAGUUAGUCUAACCUGAGUGAAACUGAGAACUGUUCUGCAACACAGGUCGCAAUCAUAAAGCAGCCUGUACGCUGGUAGACAAAACCUGUUUAGAUAUUGGUAAAAUGAACUCUAUAUAGUGCACACAGCAGAUAUGUGGUUGAAGAGCUUAAAAUGAAUCUUAUGUGAAACUCCCUAAAGCCAUGUUGGUCUGUAUCCAGGAGUUGCAUGGGGAUCUGGCAUUUCGUGUUGAAACUGAGCCUGGCUGUCCAUAAGUCUUAUCUGAUUGGCAAAAAUAGUGUUAGACUGCCAGCUUCCUUAAUAGAUAUUACAAAUCUCCAGGUUUUUUUUUAUUCUGGACUACUUUAUUUAAUGUAGCUAGAUGUCAGUUUCAACAUUUAAGGAGAACUGUUAGGGUUUUCUAAACAUCCACUGAAUUUGAAAGAGCAGACUUGUUUGGGCUCCUAAUGAAAUGGCUAAUGGCAGAUUAAAAGUUUACAACUUGUAAAAGCAUCAAGUUAUUAAUGUAGUACCUUAAAUAGCAAAAUGACCUUUUGGUCCAAAAGACAAAUUUUGGGUAACCCAUAAUUUUCAGAUAACAGACUUCUCAUUAGACUCCACUUAUGUGUCUGGUAGAUGUUAGAAUCCCUAAGUAGUCCCCACACUCUGAAAACGUUACACUUGGCAGCUUUAUUUCUGAAGUGUACUAGCCACUUUCCUAGCUUUGACGUCUAGUCUUGAUUUUUCUGGUGUUUGAUUUCCAUACGUUCAGUGCAUUGUUGCCUAGCAACAGAAGCAUCCACUCCCAGUACUAAUUAUGCUGUGAUUAAUAUUCUGCUAAUAUCCAUAAAACAAGACUGCAAAAUGGGGAGCGGGAAAUGACAACAGUGUAUGAUUCUCCUGGAAUAAUUCAGCAAAUAUACCCAGAAGUCAUUGCUUAGGAUGACAUUCAUCAGUAUAGACUGUCCAUUGUCUGGCAGUUUUACAGUGUAACUAGUAAAAGUGCCACAUGGAAUGAUGCUAUUGCAUUUAAUGAGUUCUUUCUCUUCUGUACUGUUAAGACAAACCUACUCCACAAUAAACAUGCAGACUCUACAAUUA